AUGGUUGAGGUUAAUGAUCAUAGGAUCUUGAGAGAAAUGUUUGACUUCAAGUCUUUUUCUGAAGUUUCACAAUAUGAAAAUGUGGAUGAUUCAUCCUUCUUUGAUGUCAUUGGUGUGAUAACUGGACAUGGUAGAGUUAUCUCUCAAUCUAAGUAUAGAUUGAUUGAGAUUGAGAUUUCUGAUGAGAACCAUAACAAACUAUUUUGUACAAUAUGGGAAUCAAAUGUGGACUUAUAUCUGGAUCAACUGAAAAAGAGUGAAGGAACAAUUCCAAUUGUGAUUAUUCAGUUUUGCAAGCACAAUCUAUUUAGAGGUGAAAUUCGCAUUUCUACACAUUUUCAAGCUUCUAAAGUUGUGAUAAAUGCUGAUGUUAAAGAGGUUAAAGAUUUUAGGAUGAGAAUAAGGGAGGAUAGCAGAUUUGUUCAGCAAGUUUCUGUCAUUCAAGGAGGACAAAGGGUUGGGGGUGAAUAUGAUGAUCUACAAUUGAAGUCCCUUGAGGAUUUAUCUUGCCUAGAGUUCAUUUCGUUUUGUGAUCCACAAGAAGGUUCAUGUUGGGUAUUUGGUAAAAUAGAUUCAGUUGAGUGCCACUAUGGUGAAUGGUUCAAGUUUGUGGUGAAUGUUGUUGAUCAUACUAGCAAUGCAUCUUUAUUAUUGUGGGAUAGGGAAGGCAGCCAAUUGUUAGGGAGAAAUGUGACUGAGUUUUUAGGAAAUGGUGGUCAGGUUGCUCCUAAGAAUUCCAUUCCUUCACUUAUUGAAGAGAUUCUUAUGGGUCAGAAGAAGUUACCCUUUUACUGUCAACAAAGUAUGUAA